AAAGGGCUCUGCUUGACUUGGAAGGUUCAGAAGUCACUCUUCAUGAAAUAUCAAGUACAGUGUCAACUUUGCUCAAAUGUCGAGAUUAUAUUCUGAACUGGAAUCUCUGCUUUCUUAUCUAUUCACACAAAAAUGGAAUUUCUCCUGCCUCGUAUGAUCCUCUUCUGCUUCUUUAUGUUUCUCCUGAACUUCCCACCGCUUUCAUCGGCCCAAACUAAUGGAAAAAUAACCGUUGGAGUUCCACUCACUGCUACAGCAGGCUCGAAUUCCUCUUGGCUCUCUCCCUCGAGAGAUUUCGCAUUUGGGUUCAAAGAAAUUGUUCCCAACAGCAACCUUUUCUUGCUUUGCAUAUGGUACGACAUACUCCCGGAAAAAACCAUAGUUUGGUACCCGAAAGAUACCAUUCCAGCUCCAUUAGGAUCCAAAGUUGAGCUCACUUCCGAUAAAGGAGUACGCCUCACCGAUCCUCAAGGGAAAGAAAUUUACAUGUCCCAGUCCUUCUCGGGGACUGCUUCCUAUGGGGUGAUGAACAACACUGGCAAUUUUCAGCUCUUCGGGGAAGAUUCCAGUUCUGAUCCUAUCUGGGAGACCUUUAGGUUUCCCAGCGACACGCUUUUGCCCACGCAAGUCCUCGAGAGAGGCGGCCUCCUCUCUUCCUCACAGUCGGAGACAAACUUCUCCUUAGGAAGGUUUCAGCUUCGCCUCCUAAGCGAUGGAAAUGUCCAUCUCAACACAAUAAAUUUGCCUGGUGAUUAUGCUAACGAACCCUACUACUCAACAAACACUGCCGGAGGCCUCAGGUUGGUGUUUGAUGAGUUAGGCUCUCUGUACGUCUUACGGGAAAACGGGAACAUGGCCAAUCUCUCAGUUGGGGGGGUCUUUUUGAUAGAUUCAAUUCGAGGGAUUUACCCAAAAGAACAGUACUAUCAUAGGAUUAAGCUCAACUUUGAUGGAGUUUUAGCCCAUUAUGUGCACCUGAAGGGUGCAGACAAUGGAGGGUGGAGUCCCAUCUGGUCUCAACCCGAGAACAUAUGUAGAGACCUUCUUGUCGAGAAAGGUAUUGGGGUUUGCGGGUACAACAGCAUAUGCAAUAUUGGAGAAAAUGCUCGUCCCACAUGUAGCUGCCCAGCUGGGUUCACCUUCAUCGAUCCCAAUGACCAUUUUAGCAGCUGUGCACCGCACUUCGCAGUAAGCUGUGAUGAAGCUCAGAGGAACUAUACCAGUGAUCUUUUCAUGUUUGAGGAGGUUAAUAACACUGGAUGGCCCUCUUCUGACUAUGCCCUUCUCACGCCUUUCACCGAACAGCAAUGCCGAGAUUCAUGCUUGAAUGACUGUUUGUGUGCUGUGGCAACAUUCAGAGAGGGCAAUAAGUGCUGGAAGAAGAAGUUACCACUCUCUAAUGGGCAAGUUGGCCAGUAUCUUCCAGGGAAGGCUCUGAUCAAAGUCCCAAAGCAGGAUUUGCCGCGAGAAAGCCUCAUAUUUCAGCCCCCAAAUGGGAAGCACAAGAGCAAGAAAGAUGCCGUGAUCCUCAUGGGAUCAGUCCUUUUGGGCACUUCAGUGCUCGCUAACUUCCUACUGGUCGGAAUGAGUUGUCUGGGCUUUCACCCGUUUCACCGCCGCAGAAUAACCGGGAUAUCAACCCCGCACCAGAGUGAAGGGUUCACGAAAUUGCGAUGCUUCACUUUCAAGGAGCUUGUGGAGGCCACAGAUGGGUUCAGGGAAGAGCUUGGGAGAGGCCAUUUUGGGAUAGUGUACAAGGGAAUGAUAUCAAAUUCAUCUGUCGCUGUAAAGAAGUUAAUCAAUAAUCUUAUGCAGGACUCGGAGAAGGAGUUCCAAGCAGAAGUGAAUGUGAUCGGGCAGACCCACCACAAGAACCUCGUUCGGCUCCUUGGAUACUGCGAUGAGGGGCACGAGAGGCUGCUGGUGUAUGAGUACCUCUGUAACGGGCCUUUGUCGAGCCUCCUGUUUGGGAACCCGAGACCUACAUGGGCCUACAGGUGUCAGAUCGCACUUGGUAUUGCUAGAGGCCUACUGUACCUGCACGAGGAGUGCAGCACUCAGAUCAUCCACUGCGACAUAAAACCACAGAACAUAUUGCUCGAUGAUCACUUUGCUGCCAAGAUCUCUGACUUUGGGCUUGCAAAGCUCCUGCAAAUGGGACAGAGCCUGACCGAUACAGCCAUUCGGGGAACCAAGGGAUACGUUGCGCCCGAGUGGUUCAGGAACUUCCCCGUGACGGUCAAGGUGGAUGUCUACAGCUUCGGGGUGUUGCUACUUGAGAUUGUGUGCUGCAAGAGAAACAUACAGGGCGGGACAGUCGAGGAAGCAGGGGAGGGGAUGCUACUGAGCGACUGGGCAUAUGAAUGCAAUGCAGAUGGGAGAGUGGAGGCGCUGGUGGAAGGGGACAUGGAGGCACUGAGUGACGAAGGGGGUAAGAAGCUCAAGAGGAUGGUAAUGGUGGCCAUUUGGUGCUUACAGGAAGACCCAAGCCUUAGGCCUUCCAUGAGAAAAGUAACGCAGAUGCUGGAAGGAGCUAUCAAAGUGCCUGUUCCUCCUUGUCCCUUCCCAUUCAUGAGAAUGUAGCGAUUUCAGUCCAGACUGUUGCCUGUUCGGUUUACUUUUGAUCCUUGGAAUAUAUCAUGUGAUAAUUGUUACAGUGGA